AUGUCGUGCACGAGGAACUCGGUGGUGCUGGUUGCGCUAGGACUAUUGCUGACUUACGUGCCGUUCCAGGCGAUGGGCGCCACCAGCAGCUUGCAGGCAGCUUCAGCCAAGAACAAGACCAAACUGGCGGUGUGCGCACCCGUCAAGGCCCUGACCAAGUCGUGCUCCUCUAAGGCUGGCCCGACGGCCCUCAUGGACCAGAUAUGCAGCGAGCUACUGGCACCCGCCAAGGCAAUGGCUGACAGCAAGGACCCCUCCAAGCUUCACUACGGGUGCGGCGUGGCCACGGCCGCCCAGGUCGAAAAGCUGUCCAGCAGCCUGGCAGCACUCGAGCCGCGGGUCGCCGCCGCCGCCGCCCAGGCAAGCUCCUCGCAGGCCACCCUGGCGCAGGGGCAAAACCAGACGGCCGCGCUGAGUGCCGGAGUGACGGCGCUGAAGGCGGCAGUGGCUGCGCUGGCGGCGCAGGUUGCCGGUGCGCAGCAGCAGCAGCUGGCUGGUUCCGCCAACACCAGCGACAUCACCCAGAAGAUCGCUGCCCUCAGCGCUACCAGGGCGCAAACCGCACAGCAGCUGGCGUCGCUUGCGGCCGCGAAUCAGACCACGGCCCAGGGCAUCGCAGCGCUCAAAGCCGCCUCGCAGCAGUGCACCUGCGGCCUGGAGCUUGCGGUCGUCAACGCCACUGUGGCGGCCGUCCAGUCAGCCCAAGCUGCGGGCGCGGUGGACAUCUCCUCGGUUAACGCGACGGCCGAGUCCGCGAAGGCCGCGGUCGCCACAGGCUCAGCGGCCAUCGCGUCGGUCAACGCCAGCAUCGCCACCCUUGCUGCCAACCUGCCCACCAUCAACGUGACCGGCCUGGUCACAUUAAGCGCCCUCAGCAGCAUCGAUGCGGCCACGCUCAACGGCGUGCCCGCCGCGCAAUUCCUACGCAACCGCAUUGUGCUCUACUCCGCUUCCUCCACUACGCUUGCAGCCACCCUGGGUGGCCGCUCCGGCGCUGAUGCCAAGUGCGUCGCCCCAACCUCCAUAGGCCGGCCUGCCGGCCUCGUGCAGGCGCGCGCUUUCCUAGGUGUCGCCGCCGGCGACAGCAUCGCGAACCUCCCUCCCCUCUACGGCAUCCCCAUUGGCAUGCCGAUCGAGUCCGCAAGCGGCCAGGUCGUGGCGGCCGACUUCGCGGCCUUGUCGGGCGGCUCCCUCGCCGUCUCCUUGGAGGCCGCGGGGGUGCUGCCGACCGGGAGCGUUUGGUGGUCUGGCAGCAACCCCGACGGCUCCCUCGCGACCAGUGCUGGCGUUCCGUUCACCUGCGUCGGUUGGACCGACGGGUCAGCCAGUAGAGUCGGCGUCGUAGGAACGUCGGGGGCAACUACUGGCCGCCUAGUGAAUUCCGCUUCAACACGGGCGUGCAACCUGGCUGCGCACCUGCUGUGCCUUGCCUUCUAG